UAUAAAAGGCCUCCGCACAUUUCCAUCAGUGUAUUUGAAAAAAAACGCCAGCCAGUUUGGUCGAAGGUGCGGCAGAUUAAAAGUGAAGUAGCAAUUAAACGGUUAUAUUUUAGUACGUUCUAACAAACAACACACACAAGAUGUCUAAAGCUCCUGCUGUUGGUAUUGAUUUGGGCACCACCUACUCGUGCGUGGGCGUGUUCCAGCAUGGCAAGGUCGAGAUCAUCGCCAACGACCAGGGUAAUCGUACCACUCCAUCCUAUGUUGCCUUCACCGAUACGGAGCGUCUGAUCGGCGACGCCGCCAAGAACCAGGUGGCGAUGAACCCGACCCAGACGAUCUUCGAUGCCAAGCGUCUGAUUGGCCGCAAGUUCGAGGACUCCGCUGUGCAGUCGGACAUGAAGCACUGGCCCUUCGAGGUGGUCAGCGCCGAUGGCAAGCCCAAGAUCCAGGUGACCUACAAGGACGAGAAGAAGACCUUCUUCCCCGAGGAGAUCUCCUCGAUGGUGCUGACCAAGAUGAAGGAGACCGCCGAGGCCUACCUGGGCAAGACUGUGACCAACGCUGUCAUCACCGUGCCGGCCUACUUCAACGACUCUCAGCGUCAGGCUACCAAGGAUGCCGGAACCAUCGCCGGCCUGAACGUGCUGCGUAUCAUCAACGAGCCCACGGCCGCGGCCAUCGCCUACGGUCUGGACAAGAAGGCCGUUGGAGAGCGCAACGUGCUCAUCUUCGAUCUGGGCGGCGGCACCUUCGAUGUGUCCAUCCUGUCGAUCGAUGACGGCAUCUUCGAGGUCAAGUCCACUGCCGGAGACACGCAUCUGGGUGGUGAGGACUUCGACAACCGUCUGGUCACCCACUUCGUGCAGGAGUUCAAGCGCAAGCACAAGAAGGAUCUGACCACCAACAAGCGUGCCCUGCGUCGUCUGCGCACUGCCUGCGAGCGCGCAAAGCGUACCCUGUCCUCCUCCACCCAGGCCAGCAUUGAGAUCGACUCUCUGUUCGAGGGUACCGAUUUCUACACCUCGAUCACCCGUGCCCGUUUCGAGGAGCUGAACGCCGAUCUGUUCCGCAGCACCAUGGACCCCGUGGAGAAGGCUCUGCGUGACGCCAAGCUGGACAAGUCGGUCAUUCACGACAUCGUGCUGGUCGGUGGCUCCACCCGUAUCCCCAAGGUGCAGCGCCUGCUGCAGGACCUGUUCAACGGCAAGGAGCUGAACAAGUCGAUCAACCCCGAUGAGGCUGUGGCCUACGGUGCUGCCGUCCAGGCCGCCAUUCUGCACGGCGACAAGUCGCAGGAGGUGCAGGAUCUGCUGCUGCUCGAUGUGACCCCGCUGUCGCUGGGUAUCGAGACCGCCGGAGGUGUGAUGAGCGUGCUGAUCAAGCGCAACACCACCAUCCCGACCAAGCAGACCCAGACCUUCACCACCUACUCUGACAACCAGCCCGGUGUGCUGAUCCAGGUUUACGAGGGCGAGCGUGCCAUGACCAAGGACAACAACCUGCUCGGAAAGUUCGAGCUGUCGGGCAUCCCCCCCGCACCCCGUGGCGUGCCCCAGAUCGAGGUGACCUUCGACAUCGACGCCAACGGCAUCCUCAACGUGACUGCCCUGGAGCGUUCGACCAACAAGGAGAACAAGAUCACCAUCACCAACGACAAGGGACGUCUGUCCAAGGAGGACAUCGAGCGCAUGGUCAACGAGGCCGAGAAGUACCGCAACGAGGAUGAGAAGCAGAAGGAGACCAUCUCCGCCAAGAACGGCCUGGAGUCGUACUGCUUCAACAUGAAGGCCACCCUCGACGAGGACAACCUGAAGUCCAAGAUCUCGGACUCUGACCGCACCGUCAUCCUGGACAAGUGCAACGAGACGAUCAAGUGGCUGGAUGCCAACCAGCUGGCCGACAAGGAGGAGUACGAGCACCGCCAGAAGGAGCUGGAGGGUGUGUGCAACCCGAUCAUCACCAAGCUGUACCAGAGCGCCGGUGGUGCUCCCGGUGGCAUGCCCGGCGGUCCCGGAGGCAUGCCUGGAGCUGCUGGACCCGGAGCUGCUUCCGGAGCCGGCGGUGCUGGCCCCACCAUCGAGGAGGUCGACUAAAUCAUUCACCAACCAACACCCUCCCCCCAAAACGCAACCAUACAGUAACAGUUCUCCAAAAGAAUUACCAACCAAACACAGUAGAGGAGUUGCUUAAGCAAAACUUGGAUUCUAAAUUAGAAACUCGCCAAACAUUAAACAAAAACUGAACACCCCCAACUCAGCAAACGGGUCAAACGACAACUGCUCCCGAUAAUCAUUUAUAUAAAUUAUAAAUUCAUACUAGAACAAAACCAAACACACUGCUCCAUAAUAAUAUAUAUUAUAUUAUUGUCAUCGAUCGAUCAUCCAAACAAUAUUUGCUUGUACUUGAAUUCAAUAAAUUAAUUUGAGAAUUGCAAA